AAAAAAGCCAUUUUCUGGCGCUGCUGCAAAUUCGAAUCGGCUUCCAAAUAAUCUGCCCGGAGCCUCGCUGAGAGGAGCGGACGCCAUUUAUGUCACACCAGAUAUUUGCAGAUGGACAAAAUGCAGCCCAACCGCAUCAAAAUCGCAGAUCUCAACCCACAUCUCACGUGCCCGCUGUGCGCAGGUUAUUUCAUCGACGCUACGACCAUCGUAGAGUGCCUGCACUCCUUUUGCAAAACAUGUAUUGUUGCCUUUUUGGAGACAAACAAAUUCUGUCCUCGAUGUGACGUCCAGGUGCACAAGACAUACCCACAGCUCAGUAUCAGAGCGGACAAAACCCUCCAAGAUAUUGUGUACAAGCUUGUUCCUGGGUUAUUCAAAGAUGAGAUGAAACGGAGACGGGACUUUUACGCAGAGAACCGUGUGUUGGAGCCUGGGGAAGUGGUGGAGACGUUUAACAUAGCAGAGGACGAGAUCAUCAGUCUCUCCAUACAGUUCUAUGAGAGGAACAAAAAUAAUGAUAGACAAUGCUCGGACAUGGAUGGAGACAAGUCCAAUGGCAAACGUUUCCUGCAGUGCCCGGCAGCAAUGUCUGUUACGCAUUUAGCAAAGUUCCUCCGAACCAAGAUGGACAUUCCCAGCAGCUAUCGGGUAGAGGUGUUGUAUGGGGACGAGCCCUUGAAGGACUACUACACACUAAUGGAUAUCGCCUACUUCUACGAGUGGAGACGAACAGGACCCAUCCCCCUGCAGUACUUGGUCAAACCUACCCGGAAACGCAGGAGGGUCUCAAACUCUGCCGCCCAGGGCAAUUCCGAUGGUAUUAACACCAGCCCCACCUCGGAGAGCGACUCCCAAAGCGACAAAGUCCACAGUCCUGCUGCAGCCCAGGCCUCCAGGGCCCCCUCCCUGCCCAGUCCCGCGUCUCACAACCUCCCCCCCGCCAUCCAAAGCUCUAACGGCACCACGGUGCCCAACAACUCUCAGCGACACUCUCUGGUCUCCAAACCGGGCGGUAAUGCCCGAAAGGUGACUGUCAACGGCACAAGCUCUGGAGCAGGCAAGGAGGAGGGAAGGGGGAGCGACAAAAGCAGCCUGCCUCCUCCGACUUAA